GACGUCGCGCGUUCCAUUCAAGGCGAGCGGAGGCAAGAAUGGGGCCCGGCGGCGGGGAGAGGGAAAGCCGAGCCGGGAGGGCGGGGCGAGGUAGUAAAAGCGACCCUCCCACGCGCUCCGGAGGGCGCGCGGCCAGCACCGCCGUCGCCACCAGCGGCAGCAGCAGCAGCAGCAGCAGCUGCGCUUCCUUCUCCGCGGCCGCGCUAGGGCUGCGCGCAAGAGGAGCGCGCUAAGGCCCGUGUCCCGCAGCAGGAGGGAGAGGGAGGGAGGUUGCGCGGCGGCGGCGGCGGCGGCGGCCAUGGCGGAGCUGCGCGAGAUGGAGUGCGUGGGGCUGCAGCGCCUCCUGCACGGCGGGGGCUCCGGCCAGGGCGGCAAGUGCCUCCUCUUGGACUGCAGGCCUUUCCUGGCGCACAGCGCGGGCCACAUCCGCGGCGCGCUCAACGUGCGCUGCAACACCAUCGUCCGGCGCAGGGCCAAGGGCUCCGUCAGCCUGGAGCAGAUCCUGCCGGCCGACGACGAGGCGCGCGCCCGCCUCCGCUCGGGGCUCUACUCGGCCGUGGUGGUGUACGACGAGCGCAGCGGGCGGGCGGACGCGCUGCGGGAGGACAGCACCGUGGCGCUGGUGGUGCGGGCGCUGCGCCGGGACGCGCAGCACGCCGACAUCUGCCUGCUGAAAGGUGAGCGGGCACCUUCCUUAAUUGGCUGAGGGUUUUAUUUAUGUUAAGUGGUGAAUUAAUAGGUUUAAUUUCAUAAUGUGAAGCUCUAAGGAUGUUAAUGUUUAAAUUUUACAAGAACUGUGGUUUGGAAAACCGUUAAAAGGAUAUGCAAUGAAAUCCAACCAAGGGGAAGCGAGGAAGUCACUUAACAAUGUUAAUAAGUGUAAUUUUCAAUAAGGCUAUUUAUUUAUUUUUGUUUUAUGUGUUUGUUUAUAAUGUUGUGAAAACCAAUAAAAAAAUUUUGGGGGAAAAAUGAAAGGUGAGCGGGGGUGGCCCAAGACCUCCGGGGAGAAGGAGUUGCGCGGACCCAGCGCGGACCCAGCCGAGAGCACGCAAGAAUGGGUCAUUGCUGUUAACCAGAAGGUUGCUGGUUCGAGACCACCCAGGGGUGGCUGUGAGCAGGAUUCCUGCAUUGCAGGGGGUCGGACUAGAUGACCCUUGGGGUCCCUUCCAACGCUACCAUUCUGUGAAUCGUGCCUGCGCACUUCUCUCUGACACCCGUGUUGCCCAGCAAGAGCGCCUCUUAGGGCAAUGCGUGUCUCCCACCACAUGCGACUCCCAUUUCAAGCCCUGAGAGUGGGAGCUUCCCGACCUGGCUUGAACCCCGGGAACAACACUCUUUCAUUAAGUUAUUGGAGGUAGGGCUCAGAUUGGCUCCCCAACCCUCGCCUACUCCCUUCCCUCGCCGCCAAACUGCGCGGGCGAUCCCUUCCCCAUGCAGGCAGCUCCACCUAGUAGGAAGAGAUUUCUUUCUGCAAGAGACAGCCUUGAUUCUGUCCUUUGUGUGCAGCGCCGUGCACUCUGCGUGUGCCAUGCAUUAGUGGCGCAGGUUCCGUCACCGUGAGGUUUCGCACCCAUUCCUCCCUCCCUCAGAUGUGGUUCUUAAAUACUAUGCAAUACUCGGAAAAAAGAGGGAGUUUUUAUCACCCUCUUGCAACCUCCUUCACAUCUGUCCCAGCCAGGGAUUCCGGUAGCGGGAGUCUCCUUCACGGUCCCUCCUGGUGUGGUCUUUGGAAACAGUAGACUGAAUUGUAUCCGGAGAUUGUUUCCUGCCCAUCUGACCUGUCAUCUGGGCUGUGUGUGUGUGUGUGUGUGUGUGUGUGUGCGUGUGUGUGCAUGAAGGCUGCUGGUGACCUUUUGAACUGCAAAAGCUCUGGGUGGGUGGAAAGAUCCUGGUUUAUUGUCCCAGGAACGGCCUCUCCCUUCUCGGGACUUAGGAAUGCAUCCUCAAGGAUUAAAAAAAAAAGGAACAAAGCAACACACAGCCUUGAUGCCAUGCCUGGGUAUAUGUAUUCAUGUGCCCUGGAAGGAUAUUUGCACCAGUUUCUGUAGAAAAAUGGCACCAGCUCCUGAGAACGAUGUAGAGGAAGCAUUGCAAGCUAGUGGAGGAUUUUUCUUAUUUUGCAAACGUGCAAAGCUGCGUUUAUAACCCUGGUCAGGGCCUAACCUUUUAAUGGAGGCCGUGUUUUGAAUUCCGCAAGGGCUGAGAAGCAUCCAUAGCUAGCAUAGGCUGUCUUUGGCUGAUGAGUCUUUUGCCUCCUCUUCCUACAGCAGAGGGACCAGCUCAUCUUCUCCCCUUGGGGCAUCUCAGCUGCUCCCUCCCAGUUGCCUGUGCGUCCUGCCUUAGGGACCUCUGCUGCUUACUCACAUGCGACAUGCUUUGGGGACGAAGAUGGAUUUGCAGGCAGGAGCUAUGCUGGAGGGCUGGUGAUCUGGCCUCCUUGUGCCUAUCCCUGAUCUGUUCUGUAAGAUACAGUGUGGUCCAUUCAGCCAAAUAUUGUUGCCUUUUGACCAGAGCUUGGGCCCGGGUAUUUCCUGGAAAGGUAUGAGCUAUGGUCUCUCUCUGUGUUUCAAGUCACUUUUGAGAUUGAGGUUGGCUCAGAAAUAAACAAAUACCUGGUUGUGAUCUUAAGCCAGUGGUUUGCAAAGGUUGUGCUGAACGUUGCUGCUCUGGCAGUCCGCGAAGAACAAGCAGUACAUAUCUUCUUCCUUUUCGCCUAUACCCCAUGAUGCUUGAAAAAAUUCUGACUACAUCCUUAUGGUCUAAAUCUGGCAUAGGCAAACUCCGGCCCUCCAGAUGUUUUGGAACUACAAUUCCCAUCAUCCCUGACCACUGGUCCUGUUAACUAGGGAUGAUGGGAGUUGUAGUCUCAAAACAUCUGGAGGCCCCGAGUUUGCCUAUGCCUGGUCUAAAUAUUUCUGGAAUUUAGUUGUUGCAGAAAACAUAGCACGUAAGUUACAGGUCGGUGGGACAGGGAGAGCCACAUAAUUUCUAUUCAGUAUGGUGGGAUUUUAUUUCAUAUAGUUUCGUUUUAGAUUUACAUGUGUCUCGCCAUGUGACAUCUAGAGAAAUAUGGUUGUCAUGAUUUUCGAUUGAGUGUUGCUAUUUAAUAUGUUUGGGUUUGGUAUGCAAUGCUUUUAGUUGGAGACGUUAUUGAACUUUUGCUCUUGUUUACCUGUCUCUGUGGUUCCAUAAUAAUUUGAAAAUGAAUAAAAAAUACAUGAAAAAGAAGAUUCAGAUUUAAAACUAUGAUGCCAUAUAUCCAGAUUAUUGGUUUCUUUCGGGGCUUUCACUGCAUCAACUUUUACUGCUGAAGAGGCAAGCUGCUGUUCCGUUUUAUAUUUUAGCAUUUAAAAAUGAUUAGUGGGCUGCCUGCUUUAGCACAUGGUAAAACCAAACAAACCUAGCGUUUUUCUCCAGUUGUUUUAAUUGCUGUGUUGGGGACUGCCUCAGUGUAUACUGGGGGCUAGUGGUGGUCCUAGACUGGGUAAUUGACUGCUCCGAAAGAUUGGGUCAAACAAAAUAACAAAAGAUCCUUUGCAAUUUCAAUUGGGCUCAAGGACACAGUUGGAUUUUGAGUGAGUGCUGUGGGCACCACUCUCUCCUUCCCUCUGUUAUCACCUCCCCUCCUCUCCCGGAAAACUCAUGCUCACACACAUAACUUUUCUUUCUUUGCAAUUCCAAGCGAUCUUGGUAAAUAUCUGAUCUGGUAGCUUAAUCUGAGUCUUGAAAAGCAGGAAGAACAGAGAGAGGAAAUGGGAAAGAAGGCCACUCUUCUCACUUCCUCUUUCAGCUCUAUGUACUUUUCAAAGGAGAAAGAGAUAACCACCUAUCACCAAGUGGGGAGGGGGGGGCUCUGAGACUUUGCUGGUGGGAGACUUUAAAGCUGCCCUUGUGUUCACAGAUUCCCCAUUGGCAACCCCAACUGGUUUGGUACAGAGGCAAAAAAACAAUGCUGUCCAGGGUUGUAAAGACUGCAGAGAGAAUAAUUGGGUGCACUCUUCCCACCUUAGAUCAAAUCUAUGCUGCCAGGUGCCAUAAGAAAGCGGCAGAGAUAGCGCAGGAUAGUGCACACCCCGGAAAUGAUCUCUUUCAGCUUCUGCCUUCUGGAAGAAGGUAUAGGGUUAUAAAGGCCAGGACUAGCCGCCUGAGAAACAGUUUCUAUGCAAAUGCAGUUCUGGUUCUAAACGCAGCAUAAGGGGUCUCUAUAGUAUAGUGUAUUUUAAAAUGGGGUUUCAGAGUUUUUAGGGAGGGUUGAAUGUUUUAUGUAGUUUUUCAGUUUCAUUGUUCUGCAUGGGACAAUGACAAUAAAGAUAUCGUAUAUAUUUAAGUGCAAAAACAAACUUGCCUGUUACGGCAAGUAACAAUAAACCAUAUUCCAACAAUGAAUUAUCACAAUUUUUUGCCAUGUUAGCGGCUGUUUCUGUGAAUGAUUCGCUUAUUCAGUUUGCCUUUUGCUUUUAUGCUUAUAAAUUACAGUCAGACUAGAGUUACAGAAGUAGGGAAAGAGGUAGAAAUAGAAAUAAGUUGUAUUAUACAGAGACAAACAAAAGUCAGCUUUGAAAGGCAUUUGUGCGGAGAUUAAUUUUUCAAGCAUGAUGGCUCCUUUGGAUAUUUGACCGUCAAGUAAUAAUCAGCGGACAAUAUUUGAUCAGCCAAGUGACCAGUGUGCAAAUCUCGGGUGAUCAUCCAGAUCGCUGUUUAAGUUUUGGUGUGUUAGGGCGAUGGAUUUGUCACUUAACCCGUGAAUCAGCUGAGGGGCUGUUGCUCUGAAGCUCCAUGGAAUUCCUGUCUCUCUUUCCUUUGACUCAGUAGGAAACAAAGUCUUACAGAGUGCACCAUGUGCCGGCGAUUGCUGGAAAAUUGUGACACCACCAUGAAUGGGUGAAAAAUAAUGGAAACGCUUGUGAUUGCAACAGUCGUACGCAAGUGCAAUUAAAACGUUUUGGGUGUUGAUAAGGCCAGAUCUGGGAUAGAUCAAGUGCAGAGUGGUUUGAAAAUCCCCAAAUAUUUCAGGGUAAUUUAUAUUAACAGCAGCACACAGAGGCCUGCCCCCGCACUAUUCAUGCUUCACAGCGGUAUAAAGUUUAAACUGAGUGUUCUCUCAACCGAAGCAGAUAAUUAAAUGAGUCUUAAAAAAUUUGAUACACAUCACAAGGAAUGUAUUUCAGCUUGUUCAGCUAUCAUUAUCUGUAGUUUGGCAAUGAUGCUCUAGUGACAGGUCCCAAUCUUAAAUGCUGUCGUACAUUUUGAAGCUAAGAAUAAACCAAGAAUCAACUGAGAUUAUUUUUUAAAAAAAUAAAUGGUUGCCACCCAGUUUAAAAUCUUGGAAACUAGAGAGGUGCAUGAAUAAGAGUUUGAGUGGUUUCUUCAGAAACUUUGCAUCUUGUGGGCUGGGACUAACAGCAUUGGAAAUACAGUAAUGUUCAAAUUUGCACAGUUCACAUAAUUUAUUCAGGACACUGAAAUUGGUUCAGCUUGCCUGGGUACAGAAUUUGAUCUUUAAGUAUACAGCAGUACACACAACCCUGUUUAUAUCUGCCCAAGGGCUUUUUUUUUUUUUAAUUGGAGAGUAGUAAAUGGAGCAAAUAGAGUCUCUUGUUAAGGGACGCGGGUGGUGUUGUGGGUUAAACCACAGACCCUAGGACUUGCCGAUCGGAAGGUCGGCGGUUCAAAUCCCCGCGACGGGGUGAGCUCCCAUUGCUCGGUCCCAGCUCCUGCCAACCUAGCAGUUCGAAAGCACAUCAAAGUGCAAGUAGAUAAAUAGGUACCGCUCCAGUGGGAAGGUAAACGACGUUUCCGUGCGCUGCUCUGCUUCUCCAGAAGCAGCUUAGUCAUGCUGGCCACAUGACCCGGAAGCUGUAUGCUGGCUCCCUCGGCCAAUAAAGCGAGAUGAGCGCCGCAACCCCAGAGUUGGCCACGACUGGACCUAAUGGUCAGGGGUCCCUUUACCUUUAGAGUCUCUUGAACAUCUUACUGAAUAAAUCUUCCUUACUCAGGCUGGUGCAUUUUGUUUGUUAGUUGGUUAGCCAGUUCAACAGUCACACAAAGUACUUCGGUUUGCAGUCAUGCAAUCCUUUGUAUGUUUGGUACCUAGUUAGAUCACCCUUGGAGAAUCAUCCCUCCCUGCCCCAAAAUUUUUAUUUAAUUUAAAAAUUCAGUGGAGAAAUAAAAUGAAGGGGAAAAACAAAAAAGAAAAAAGUGCUUGCAGCUGAUAACAAUACAAUAAAUGGGUAUAUUAGUAGUAGGACUAUUCCAAGGAAUGUAAAAUUAUUAACAAGUCAUGCUAAUUUUUAUAAAUGCAUUCCAAAUAUCAUUAUAUUUAUCCAUACACAAUCUGCAUCUAAAAGCAAUCUUGUUCGUAUGUUGAGAGAGUUAUCGUAUCUUCUAUCAAUUGAUCAAAGGAGGCCAUAGUAUUAUCUCCAAUGAAUCAAUAUCAGUCUUUUGGCUGCUGUCAAACCUCCCUUUGUUGGUAUGUGGUUUAGGAUAAUACGACCUUUGGAGAAUCAUGUGUUCAUGAGAGUCAUGAGACCACUGGAUUGCUGUUCUCUACACAGAAAGGUUCAUGUAACCCAAGUACUGAGUGCACUCAUUUGCAUGCAGAAUGCCAAGCAAGAAAUUGAUGGUUAGGUUUUGCAUGGCGAGGCCCUGAGCACCACCCCAUGUCUUUGAUAAUGAAACAUACAGACACCAAUAUUUUGGGUUAAUGGGAUAAAUAAGGCCACAGGUUUAUUGGUUACAGAUGUGAGUGGUAUUGGCUUAGGCACUGGAACUGAACUGGCUAUAUCUGACUCCCGCCCAUCAUGCAGGUAGUCUCAUAAGGGUCAACCAUCAGUAGGGGGAGCCCUGUUGAUGUACAUCAACUGCGAGCUCCCCCAGGUUCCCCGAUGGGGUCGUGGCAUGGCCCUAGCCCAUACCCGGGCUUCAGACAGGACCCACACCCCGGAUCCCUUUAAGGAAAUACCCUUAAAGAGGAGCAGCAAGUGAAGGCCACAACCUCCCCUCCCAUCAACCAGGUUUACCAAUGCCUAACCGCCAAACGCGGUUGACGCGGGUGGCACUGUGGGUUAAACCACAGAGCCUAGGACUUGCUGAUCAGAAGGUUGGCGGUUCGAAUCCCCAUAACGGGGUGAGCUCCCGUUGCUCAGUCCCUGCUCCUGCCAACCUAGCAGUUCGAAAGCACGUCAAAGUGCAAGUAGAUAAAUAGGUACUGCUCUGGCGGGAAGGUAAACGGCGUUUGCGUGCGCUGCUCUGGUUCACCAGAAGCGGCUUAGUCAUGCUGGCCACAUGACCCGGAAGCUGCACGCCGGCUCCCUUAGCCAAUAAAGCGAGAUGAGUGUCACAACCCCAGAGUCGGUCACAACUGGACCUAAUGGUCAGGGGUCCCUUUACCUUUAACCGCCAAACCUUACAAAGUUGUGACAAUUGCUACAAGGCAGGCGAAAACCACAUGGCUGGUGCCAAUUUGCCAAGUGGGAAAAUUCCUACUGGGCCCCCUCAACAGGCGAACAACCGUAGUCCAUAGCAAGGCCAAGAUGGCGAACGCAUGAAAAUAGGGUGGGAGGGUGGGAGAUCCGAUGCAGGAGCCUUGUGGACGUUUAAGUCCGGUAAGCCACGCCCCACGGUCAACCCGAUUGGUCGGCUGUGGGGUGUGAUAUGGGCGGCAUCGCCACGCCCCCCGCUGUACAUGGGGACUGCUCGUGGCCAGUCUGCAACUCCGGCCCCUUGGGAAGGUGAGCGGUUUUUCCAGAACAAAGUUUCUGAUCUUUGUGGGAACGAAGGAUGUUGAGGGCUUGGUAAAAGAGGAAUGCGUGAAAUGUGGAGACAGACUGGAAGAAGACAUUUCUAUGGUAGAAGUAUUGAGGGCCAAGGGCUGCAAGAAAGGUGGAAGUGUUGAAUGGAAAGAAAGAAACAACAACAAUAAUCUUUAUUACGGUCCAGAGACCCAACAAAUCGUUACAAAGCAACACACAAUUCAUACAGCCUACCUCCAGGUUAAACAAGCAUUUUGUUCUGAAUAUAGGGAUCAUUGGUUCUUGUUGAAUGGAAUUUGCAGGAUUCUUUGGCGUGUGUUGGUUAGGUCCAGUUCCCCAACCCUCCACACCAAUAGUGGGAGGUGUGUUGGAGCAAGGGGGACCAGGACAUCUUUUGAAUGGGACCUCAAUGUUUUUAAGGGGGGGAGAGACUUCAAACAAUGAUUUGGGAACCCCCAAAUUAGGAUAGGGAGUGUGUGUGUGUGUGUGUGUGUGUGUGUGUGCAUGCAAUAUUUGUUUUCAACAACAAAGCUUAAAGCAGUUUACAGAAUGAAAAUUUUAAAUGCCUAUUAAAAAUAAAUAAAACUUCAGAACAUAUAGAAAUGAACGAGCAAAAGGGAAGUCCCUGAAGGAAAAAGUGUAGAUACUUGAAAGGGCCUCGUGUGGUUUGUGAGUCAGCUGAAUGCAGCAGACCAGCCAGAUAGGACCCUGAUAAGUGCAGUGUUUGUACCUGUUUGAUAUGGCAAGAAUAGAGAGAUUCCGCAGCACUCCAUCAAUCAGGCUACGCAGCUCUUGUGAUACUGGGCUGAUGAGCUUAUGAAGUCACAUAUCGUGACUGUCUUGCACUGUGAUCGAAGUGGGCCUUCUGCCCCUGCUCCAAAAAUAUCCAGGGGUGAUACUAAUCAAGGAAUGUGAGCAUUUUUGCCCGAAGGCUAGGUUUGUGAGUGUGCUAAAAAGGUUCGGAUUGACAGAUGGCGAGUUGGCAUGCUAGCCAGCCAGCUUUUGUGCUUGUCAUUGAGCCCCAUCGCCUUCCUCAAGUCCUCUGGCAGCUGUAGAGAACUCUGAAAAUGGGUGAGUGAGACAAUGGCCUCCCUCCUCCCAAGUUCUCUUGCAUGCUGCUUCUUCUUCUUUGGCAAUCACACGUAGCCGAUUGGGAAAGAAGGAAUUAGCAACAGCAACCAGAACGGAAUUUUACUUUUGACUAUAGAGUGGUACCUCAGGUUAAGUACUUAAUUUGUUCCGGAGGUCCGUUCUUAACCUGAAACUGUUCUUAACCUGAAGCACCACUUUAGCUAAUGGGGCCUCCUGCUGCCGCUGCGCAAUUUCUGUUCUCAUCCUGAAGCAAAAUUCUUAACCCGAGGCACUAUUUCUGGGCUAGCGGAGUCUGUAACCUGAAGCGUCUGUAACCUGAAGCAUCUGUAACCCGAGGUACCACUGUAUUACCAACACACUCUUUCGACAAAAAAUAAAAUAAAACAUAGUCGAACCACGGGCACCUUUUAGUCUAUGUCGUUGUCCAAGCUAAAGAUCACUGUGAUGUGGUCCUUACCAGAGCUAUUAUGAGUGCCAAUGACUGCUGAACAGAUUAAUACGUUCCACGGCGGCUAUUAAGAUCUUGCAUGCACCAUAGAACUGAGGCCAAAUUCAUGCAGGGCUUUGGGGACAAAGCAACAACCAACAAACCUAUGGUCACGUAAAGCAUACUCCAUAAACACAUGAGACGUAACCGGCUGUGUUCUUGGAUAAAUAAGAUAUACGAUUCAUAGUAUCAAAUUGUAAAUUUCAACAGAAGUAACUCAUAAAGUUCAACCAACGAACAAAGCAGAAGACCCAGUGGAUCAGAUCAUUCUAUAGUCAGUUCAUUUGGGGACAAGCAGGAGUGACACAAGGGGCUAUCACUGCUUUUUUCUCUUCUUCAAAUCCAAAGCAAGGUCUUCCUGUGCUUUCAAGGUCUUCCUGUGCUCUCUGCAUGUGCUGGAGAAGACGCCCAGCGCACAAAUUCCUCCCGCCCCAAGUUAACUUCCCGUUUGCAGUAAAAUGCCGUGUGUUGGGCCAAGUAGUGGCGUUCCAAGGGGGCGGACUGGGCCGCUCCAUGUGCCAUUCCAAAAGGGGGAGGGACAAAAUGCCGACCCCCGAUCAGCGGCACCCCGGGGCACGCGCUGUUCACCGUGCACCCACCGGGCAGCGCACCACGCCCCCUGGGACGCACGCCAUGCCCCCUGGGAUGAGUGCCGCUCCAGGUACUGGAGCAGGUUGCUUUGCCUCUGGGGCCAAGCCCUUUGAAUGCAGCAGGAUCAGUCCCCAGAGGGGAGAGAGGAGCUGUUGGCCACCUGGCAGCUGGAUUUGUGGGCCUCUCAGCAGGUGACCUGUGGAUGUGGAGAAAACAGCACUUUUUGUUAAAAGAUGGAUAGCGUUCGAGACCUCAGCGAUAAGCAGCCUGGUCGGUGGGAAACUGUGAAGUCAUCCGUAGUAAAUAGAGCUUGGACAAUAUUUGAAAAUGCAACGUUGGAUUCAGUGUUAGAAAUUAGCCAGGUGCCAGGCGCGUUUUGCGACUGCCAUGGGUCCCAUUGCAAGCGCAUGGAGAUCUCUGGCAUCUCCAUCUUAAGCAGGUAAGCAGAAGAGGUUAUUUUAUUGCAUUUAUAGGCAACCUUUUCCUCCAGGAAGUACAUGGUUCACCCACCUCCUCAGUUAAGCCCUACAACGACCCUGCGAGGAAGGUUAAGAGGCUGAGAUUGGCGCAAGGUCACCCAAUGAGCUUCACGACCGAUUGGGGGUUUGAACCCUGAUCUCCCAGGUCCAACACUCUUAACACUGUGAUGUUGCUUAUCUUUCAGGCGGCUAUGAGAGGUUUCAUUCGGAAUAUCCGGAAUUCUGUGCAAAGACAAAAUCUCCAACUGCUGCGUCCAUUGUGGCGACUGCAGAGUACCUUGAGCACAGCUGCAGCUCCUGUGGGACACCGCAACACGAUCAGGUUGGCUUUCCGGGGCUUAUAUCCGUUUAAACCCUCGUUCUUGUCAGAGACCCUUGUCUGAAUUGGCAAUAUGAAUUCAGUCUCCUGGUUGGUGUGUUAUCCAUAAGAAUCAAAGACAACCUGUCUGUCCUUAAAACAACAGAGGUCUGGUUUUGCACUUUGAACAGGAUCCCCGAGCCCUGGAGAAUAUGUUCUCCAUCGGAAUAUUUUAGAAGUGGCGAAAUGGCCUGGCCUAAUUUGGAUAGUGGGGACGCGGGUGGCGCUGUGGGUUAAACCAGAGCCUAGGACUUGCCGAUCAGAAGGUCGGCGGUUCGAAUCCCCGCAACAGGGUGAGCUCCCGUUGUUUGGUCCCUGCUCCUGCCAAUCUAGCAGUUCAAAAGCAUGUCAAAGUGCAAGUAGAUAAAUAGGUACCGCUCCGGCGGGAAGGUAAACAGUGUUUGCGUGCGCUGCUCUGGUUCGCCAGAAGCGGCUUAGUCAUGGUGGCCACAUGACCAGGAAGCUGUCUGCAGACAAACGCCGGCUCCCUUGGCCAAUAAAGCGAGAUGAGCGCCGCAACCCCAGAGUCGGUCACGACUGGACCUGAUGGUCAGGGGUUCCUUUACCUUACUAAUUUGGAUAGUAUAAGAACAUGGAUCAGGCCCAUGCAGUCCAGCCCCCGGUUCUCACAGUGGCCAGUUGGAUGCCAGUGAGAAACCAGCAAGCAGUUUCCGACUAUACGUUGUGUGUGGCUGUACUAGUUCUCCCCAUUCUUACUUUGUAAAAAGAUGCCACUCUAAUGUGGUGGUGUCCAAGUAAGGCAGAUGUGCAUCUGGCCAUGUGUCUUUCAAUCCAGCAAGGAGAAUGUCCAGGAACCUGCUUCUGUAUAUAGAUCUCCCUUGCUGGGAGAAGGUGUACACCUAUUGUUGUCUGCUGAACAAUGAAGAUGUUUUGGUACACUGUUUGGAUGCAGUGGCUUCUAGUCUAGCCAUGGAGCCAUAAGGUUGCAUCCAACCAACCAAGUUAUACUUGGCGUAGACCUACUAUAAUUAGGGAGCCUAAGUUAGUCAUGUCCAUUAAUUUCUAGCUCCCGAGGGUGACUAACGUGGGAGACAGUCAAUAGAGAUUGUUAUUUCUCGUGUGGGUGUUACUGUCAUGCUGGCUGACACACAGUCGUAAUUCAAGAGUGCAUGGUGUAGGGAUUUGAACUUGGUGGCCUUCCUUUGCUUAGGAGUAGAGCAGGGAUAGGCUAGCCAACACCCUCCAGAUAUUGUAGGUUACACCUCUCAUCAUCUCCAGCCAGCAUCCCCAGUCGUCAAGGACAGAUGAUGGAAAAUGCAGUUCACAACAUCUGGAGAUCUUUGAAGUGGAAUCUCCCAGGCCUCCGGAACUAAAAUUUUGUGGAAAUGAACAAAGAAUCUGCAAGUGUAGUUGCAUGAAUCAAAAGGGCUAGGUUUUAUUAGGAGAGUUCAGAGUUUCAAUGAAGAGCGAUGUUAAAAAGUUUCAGAAUGGACAGCUUGGCAAAACUAUUAUUAAGUGACUCUAAGGCCAGUUAACCUUGCUGCAGGCGUGCUGUCAGCAAGUGACACAGAGUCUUGUUUGGGAUAGCGGCAUAAUGCUCUCAAGAGAGACAGAUGCUCAAGACCCGAUUAGAAAUUGUGCGCUCACCAUUACUCAGCAAGCUAAAUUGCAUCACUAAAUGCAAUUCAGAGUGAUAUUCCUGCUGCACCCUUUUUGUUUUGUGUUUUUGCUCAGUCACCGUAAGCCUACAGAAUAUAUAACACCAUAUGGUAUAGCCAACUCCAUUUCAAACCAGGCCCUCCACAGGUUUGAGGGGGGAAAGAUGGGGUCCCACAGCUUUAAGAUCAGAAAGCUUCAAACGUAAUGCUAUUGUGAAUCUCUGGCGACGAUUGAGAAUCACUAGAGAAUUGUGAAUGGGGACUACUGCUUAUUUGUCCCUGUUGUGAGUCCAGUAAUGUCACUGGCAUUCGCCAGAUGUGUUUUGUGGAGCUCAUGAAUUCUGUGAGCAUCACGCAUCUCUGCCUGUUCCUUUUCCUGUUGGGACUUCUCUUCUCCCUCUCUCAGUCAUAGUGAUCCCUCUCUUUUCUCCUUUCUUGCUUCCCCUUCCGGAGAGCAGGGUGGCCCCGUGGAAAUCCUUCCGUUCCUCUUCCUUGGCAGCGCACAUCACGCCGCCCGGAGAGACAUGCUGGACGCCUUGAGGAUCACCGCCUUGUUGAAUGUUUCCUCGGACUGCCCAAACCACUUUGAAGGACAUUUUCAAUACAAAUGCAUCCCAGUGGAAGACAACCACAAAACCGACAUCAGUUCCUGGUUCAUGGAAGCGAUUGAAUACAUAGGUACGUUCAUCUUGGCAGGUUGGGUGGGUGAGGCAGAGAUAGUGGGACACAGGCUUCAAAACCGAAGCUUGUGAGUCCAGCUCCAAACGGUGGAGCAAAUGUUUAGGUCUCUAGCUACUAGAGUAAACUAGAGUAAAUUUACAGACUAUUUGAAAAAUAAUUGUGAUGAACAGAUUACGCUAGUAGGUUUGCAAGAAGUUUAGUAAGGUGAAUUAUUUGAAAUAUUGCAAAAAAAGACAAUGAGGAGAAUUAUUAGUUAAAGAUAAUUAAAGGUAAUACGAAAUUAAGAAAUGCAUAAGAAGUGAUAAGAACGGAAAAUCAUCAGAGGUGUUGACGGAAGUCCAAAGAAAACAUUGUAUAAGAUGAGAAGUUUUGUUGUAUGAAUGAUAAUUACAGUGGUACCUCAGGUUAAGUACUGAAUUCGUUUCGGAGGUCUGUACUUAACCUGAAGCACCACUUUAGCUAAUGGGGCCUCCCGCUGCUGCUGCGCCGCCGGAGCACGAUUUCUGUUCUCAUCCUGAAGCAAAGUUCUUAACCUGAGGUAAUAUUUCUGGGUUAGCGGAGUCUGUAACCUGAAGCGUAUGUAACCUGAAGCGUAUGUAACCCGAGGUGCCACUGUAAUAUGUUAAAAACUUAUACAGUGGUACUUCGGGUUAAGCAUUUAAUUUGUUCCGGAGGUCUGUUCUUAACCUGAAGCACCACUUUAGCUAAUGGGGCCUCCUGCUGCCGCUGCGCUGCCGGAGCACGAUUUCUGUUCUCAUCCUGAAGCAAAGUUCUUAACCUGAAACACUAUUUCUGGGUUAGCGGAGUCUGUAACCUGAAGCGUAUGAAACCCGAGGUACCACUGUAUAUCCUUGCACAGUCCUGGCUGUCGAAGGAUUCUUGCCUGUUGACAUUGCUUCCUCCCUAUUCUGACCUUUCUGCUUUGCUCCCCCCAGACUCCGUGAAGGCCUGUCACGGCCGCGUCCUAGUGCACUGCCAAGCUGGCAUUUCCCGAUCGGCGACCAUCUGCCUGGCCUACCUGAUCAUGAAGAAGCGGGUGAAGCUCGAGGAAGCCUUUGAGUUUGUCAAGCAACGCCGGAGUAUCAUCUCCCCCAACUUCAGCUUCAUGGGACAGCUCCUCCAGUUCGAGUCUCAGGUUCUGGCUACAUCGUGCGCCGCCGAGGCCGCCAGCCCGUCGGGGACGCUGAGGGAAAGGGGGAAGAGCUCCUCCACGCCCACCUCCCAGUUCGUCUUCAGUUUCCCGGUCUCGGUGGCUGUGCACUCCACUGCCGGCAGCCUCCCUUACCUGCCCAGUCCCAUCACCACUUCUCCCACUUGCUAGAGGCGGCCUCUGUGGGUUGCGCCCGGGGGUGACCCAAGGACAGAAAGACGGGCAGCCCCGUUGGCCACCGAUCAUGGCAAUAACGUACUCUGCCCACCCAGCAGCCAAUCAGAGCCCACCCAGAGACAGAGCAAUAAUAGCUACCCUUGCAGCUGGAAUAUUCGGGUGGGGAGAGGGAGGCGGCUGCAGCAUGUCUUUUUGUGGCAAGAUGACUUACCUCAUUUUUUUUAAGUAUAUAUAUAAUAUAUAAAAACGUUUGAAAUUG